CGUGAGUAAACAGCUGCCGUUUUGAUAAGAAAUGAAGAAACCUUUCAUUAUGUAAUGUUCUCUGUUCGGUGGCUAAACGUUCUAGAAAUACCUGGAAAUGUGGAAAGCAGCGAAAUUGAUUAUGUUUGCUCUGAUAUUUGAUCAGGGACAAUCAGCAAUUGACGAUGUGUUCCGACAACUAAUGGAGAAAAAUGACGGUAAAGAAUAUUCAGACUGGUGUCCAUAUAAAAUGAAGGACAGCAACAGAAGGCUGGUUAAGCUAAAUUACGAUAUGGUGAUUGACGAGAGAACAUAUAAGGAUGUUUUCAGAAAUGAUUUCAAGCACCAGGGUGUUUCCUGUAAGACAUAUAGCGUUGUUAGUCAGACUGCAAAACGUCGAAAAAGAAUCGCAAGUGUGGAGAGCCGCUGGCCCCUUGAAAUACCAUAUCAGAUAGACACAGGAUUUGGCAAGUUCUUAUUUAAUGAUAUCGAAGUUAUUAUAUAA